GACCCCCUUCCAUGCUAGUUCAACUUCAAACUUAUACCAAAGCAUUCCUUACAUAUUUUUCUUUUUCUGCUUUAAGUCUGAAUUAAAAUAAUCUUUUCAAUGUCUUGUCAUUUUGAUUAAUUUCAUUGGCUUAUGGUUAAUUGUGAUUCCUUUUUUCAUAAUCAUGUUAUUCUUAGUUUUUUUUUUUUUUUUUUGGGGGGGGGGGAUGACAGAAGGUGGUUGGAGACUUAAUGGGAUAAGAGUAUCAAUCCUGGCAAUUUUAAAGUGAAGGGGUGAUGGGCACUUGUGAUUGAGUAGAUUAUAUUCAUAUUUUUAUAAUAAGGAAAUUAUUAUAUUCUUCAACAUGCACGGUGCUGCAAAGUGCUAUUUUAUGUCUCAUUUAAGCCGUUUAUGAUUAGUGUUGUCAAUGAUGUCUUCCUCCAUACCAGAAUUGCUUAGCAGCUUCAGUCUGAUAGCACUUAGGUUUCCAUUUAUUAUAAUUAAAUGGUGUCUGCUAAACAAAAAUGGCAUGCUUUUGCUUAUGUUGGCCAAUGAGAUUGUGAUACCAAGAGGAGUUUUCAAAACAGGAACCAUGUCUUCGUCUUAUCUUCCUGCUACAACUGAGUCACUUGCUUUGGCAAUGGAGGCCAAAGACCCAUCUGAGGCCAUCUCUAUUCUUUAUAGUGUACUUGAUGAUCCUUCAUCAUCCCCAGAAGCUCUGCGCAUGAAGGAACAAGCCAUCACAAACCUCACUGACCUUCUCAGGCAAGAGAAUAGGGGAGAGGAUCUGCGCAGCCUUCUCACUCAGUUGAGGCCAUUUUUCUCCUUGAUACCUAAAGCAAAAACCGCUAAGAUUGUCAGAGGAAUAAUUGACUCAGUUGCUAAAAUACCAGGGACAUCUGAUCUACAAAUUGCACUCUGCAAAGAAAUGGUGCUGUGGACUCGUGCUGAAAAACGUACCUUUCUGAGACAGAGAGUUGAGGCAAGGCUUGCUGCGCUUCUGAUGGAAAAUAAGGAGUAUUCAGAAGCAUUGACUCUUCUUUCAGGCUUGGUCAAAGAGGUUAGAAGAUUAGAUGAUAAGCUUCUUCUUGUAGACAUAGACUUACUGGAAAGCAAGCUACACUUCUCAUUGAGAAACCUUCCAAAGGCAAAGGCUGCCCUCACGGCUGCAAGAACAGCUGCAAAUGCCAUUUAUGUGCCUCCAGCUCAACAAGGUGCCAUAGAUCUGCAGAGUGGAAUUCUUCAUGCUGAGGAGAAGGAUUAUAAAACUGCUUAUAGCUAUUUCUUUGAAGCUUUUGAAUCUUUCAAUGCACUUGAAGAUCCCAAGGCUGUUUUUAGCCUGAAAUAUAUGUUAUUGUGUAAGAUCAUGGUGAGUCAAGCUGACGACGUUGGUGGAAUUAUUUCUUCUAAAGCAGGCCUGCAAUAUGUUGGGCCUGACUUGGAUGCUAUGAAAGCUGUUGCUGACGCACACUCUAAGCGGUCCCUCAAGUUGUUUGAAAUUGCUUUGCGGGACUAUAAGGCCCAGUUGGAGGAAGACCCAAUUGUCCACAGGCACCUGUCAUCUCUGUAUGAUACCCUUCUGGAACAGAAUCUUUGCAGAUUGAUUGAGCCUUUCUCAAGGGUUGAGAUUUCACAUAUUGCUGAGCUUAUUGAACUUCCCAUUGAUCACGUGGAGCGGAAGUUGUCUCAGAUGAUUUUGGACAAGAAGUUUGCUGGAACAUUGGAUCAAGGUGCUGGAUGCCUCGUCAUAUUUGACGAUCCCAAGACUGAUGCAAUAUAUCCUGCAACUUUAGAGACCAUUUCCAACAUUGGGAAAGUCGUGGACAGUCUUUAUGUUAGGUCUGCCAAGAUAAUGGCAUGAGCUCUCUUGUUAUUGUACUCCGAUGCCGCAUUACUUGUUGCUGUUUUCAUUGUAAUGGUGACUAGCUUAUCAUUUAUUUUGUUUCUUUCGUUAAACUCAGUUGUGGGAAACCUCCUCUGGUGGUGUUAUAUCAUAAGAAUACGUGUGUGAUACUAGAUUUAAUCAUCUUGUCUUUUAGGACUGAUGGCAUUGUUUUCAGCAUCUUCAGGCAUUAGGUUGGUCCCAUGCAACAAACUGCAGUAAAUUGAGAAUUAGGUUUGCAGUCACAAAUACUGUGCGUGAAAAUAUUACAUAAUUAUUGUUAUUUUUCGAUUGUUGAGUAAUUUACAAGCGU